CGUAGCUCCCUGAGGGUAAUGUACCGUACAUUCGUGAAGUCAUGCAUGUACUGAUGUUAAACCUUCACCUUUAUGACCUUGUUUCCCAGAAAAGUACUUUCUAGAGGAUCUGGUCGAGGGUGAUCGUCGUGCGUCUGUUCAUACAUGGCUCUACGUGUGCAUGUACAGAACGCAGAACUACCAGAAGUAGUGAGCCCUGGGCCUCGGCACGGGUACGGUCGGCAUUGUAUGGCACACCACGGCCCUUCGUGAAGUCAUAUCAUGUACUGAUGUUAGGCCUACACCUUCAUGACCCUUGUUUCCCAGAAAAAUACACUGCAAGGGUGGAUCUGGUCAUGAUCUGGCCGAGAGUGCACCGUGCGUCUGAUUUUCUUACUUCCAGGAUCCACGCCAGACUGACAUGACUGAGCUGAGCUCCGUACCCAAUUUCGUUACUGGGGGAAAAUCAUUCAGCUUGAUCGGAUCGUGGUUUAAUAGUUGUAGACCCGGAAUCCAAUUUGACAUGGUUGAUUUUCGCCGAAUGUCGGCGUAGUGUGUACACGGAGGCACAUUGUACAUGUACAGUGCACUUCAGUAUGACUAUAGGCUGUUCCUUCGUUUGUGCCUACAUUCUGAUCACCACGGCCAGCUGCAGGUGUCGGCUGAUCAUACAUGUUACUUCACACUGACAGACUGGUGCAUGGACAAUCAGGUAAAGUCAGAAGCAGCAAUGCACUUACUGGAAACGAAAGAAAACAAAAGAGAGACAAUCAACGAUUGAUCUGUGGAAGAGGUACUUCCUGAGAGCAGAUUUGAAUGAUGAUGCACUGUCUGGAUUCCUAAUGUGAUCUCAAGGGUAACAAAAUGGCAAAGGGAAAAAUUUGCCCAGGAAAUAAAGAUGAACCUAGGAAAAGAAGAAAGCACCAUUACUUGUCAGCGCACGAUACAUGUCAAUUUGCCAGCCAACAAUGAGCACAGCUUCUAAUCCCAGGACAUGAUCGAAGAACUGUCAAUGCCAAUAGACCUGCGUUUAGCAGAAAAAGUCCAGGAGUACGUGAAGGAAGGAUUUCAGUCAUCUGCGAUCAUAAAAUCCCUCCUUAAUGCUAAUGUAAGGAAGGAACUCUUUGCAGAUGGGAAUAGUCCUUCAAGGAACAACUGGAGGUUUUUCCCAACCAUGCGGGACAUCUCCAACAUGGUGUAUUCGACACGCCUGGGAUCCCUAAAGUCUAAAUACGACCAAGAGAGCCUUCUUGAAAAUAUUGAAGAAUGGAGGCAAGAAAGCCCGAAAAACCACUUUUUUCCUGCCGUGGGAGAAGAAGCUGCCAAUGGUGCUGACAGUAAUCAAGGAUGUAGGGCACUGUUUGUAUACCAGUCCAAGUGGCAGAUGCAUCUUCUCAAGCGAUAUGGAGGAGAGUUGUGUCUUUUGGAUGCAACAUAACGCACCACAAGAUGUGCUGUUCCCCUUUUCUUCAUCUGUGUUAAGACCAACACUGAUUACUCAGUUGUUGCUGUCAUUGCAAGUCAGUUUGAAGACAGCAGCACUCUUGUCACAGCUCUCAAUAUAAUAAUGAAGUAAAAUUCUGGAUGGUCCCCAUCACUCUUUAUGGUGGAUAACUGCGACGCAGAGAUCAAUGCCUUAGAGAAGACAUUCCCAGAGGAUGUCUCGUUUAAGAAAAUCAAGGAUGACCCCAUCUCAGCAGGACAUGGAACCUUUGUGACAAGGGACUUUGCCAAGGGUGACUUUCUCCUACAGUAUCGACGAGAAGUGAUUUCCCAGUCUGAAGGGGAAAGUUGCCAGGGGAGCUACCCAGUUGAAAAAGGGAGCUUCCUUUACUUUUUUCAGGAUAAAGGAACUUCUCUCUGCGUUGAUGGCACCAAUUCAGAUGGUGCCUGUCGAAUGGUAAAUGAUGCCCCCUUGAAAAAGGCCAACUCCCAAAUGAAGGCGAUUUCUGUGGUUGGUACACCAUGUCUUGCCUGUUUGCUUGCGAGGAUACAGCAGCAGGACAAGAGCUAAGGUAUGACUACAGCGACAAAAAUGUCCCCCAGCGACAAAAGAAACCCUGAAGACACAUUCCGCGUGAGACAUCAAUUCCCAGCACAAAAGAGCCAGAGGGUGUGGUCCAUAAUCUCAAAGCAGGAACCUUUCACUUGGAACAUCUUGGGAGCUUCUCAUAUAUGCAGCCCCUUACCAGGAAAAUGGUGUCCCCAGAGGAGGAGAGGCACUCAAUAGAAAUCUGCUUAGAGAAGUUUCAAGACCUGUCAAAGCAAACUCUGCAGGUCUCAUCAACAAAGGGAACAUCAUUGGUUGCAUCGAUAUUAACUUCAAAGGAACAGAUGACAACCAGCUUGCCAAAGAGAGAUCUUUAAAGUUUCUUCAGGGAAUCGCUGCCAGAGUUUGGAUCAUCAGCUACAAAUGUAUAAUGUACACCAUACAAGGAGGGCACAGACCACCACGCUGCUGCGGAUCAGGAUGCCCCUGACCUAUGUGACAUGCACCACUUGCAUCCCUCAUCCAGCCCAUCAGAGCUUAACUUCCAAUGCUGCUCCAAAGCCAUGGAGGAUGUGCAAAAGCUGGCCUUCAGGAACAGGCAGCUGUUGCUCGAGAAUAAUCACAUCCUGCGGCUUUUGCUAGAUGGCAACAAGGAAACAUCUGGAUAGACACAAGAGCCAGAGCAGGGUGUUCAUCUUAUACAACGGGUGGAUCACGAUACAUCUGACCAGGAUGCUUCUAUUUCAUAAGAGAAAGUUCUAAGCCUGUACAAAAAGCAUUCUUCAAUCCCAAACUUCGCACUUACACUGGUCAGAGAGUUAUUUUCGGAGGAGGAAAUGUCCAAGUGUAACUGUAGGGGGGGUCAGGGGGAAAGAUGCACUUGAUCAGAUAAGGUUAGGCUAUGUGAAAAAUAUGGUGAAGUAAGCGGGUGUAUCAAAGAUGGAGUAUGAAGAAUUUUGGAUGAAGAAAUGUGUUAAAGCAAUCGAUGAAGGCUGUAGGCGCCUGUGCCGAAAGCCAACUAAGCAAGUCCUUCGAUUAACAUCUCAAAUGACAUUAAGUACUGUCUAAGACCUGAGAAAUUUGCACCAGCAGAAAAACAUAAGCUUCAGAGUUACAUGUAUACGUACCAUGGCACAUGUUGUUCCACCAGUCCAUGUUUUGAAUAAUGUAAAAAUCACAGGAAUUUUUUGACAAGAAACUCAAACAGGUACUUGUUAGCCGAUGGGUGUUUCUUUUACAUGUACAUGCAGUGUGGAGGUACAAACUGCUGUUACAUGGAUUUUACCUUCCUGUAACAUUGACAAAAAUAGUCUUGAUACAAUAGAGAAAUAUGGAAAUGCUUAUGAGGUGUGAAGAUUUUUGAGAACUUCAUGAUAAACAAUAUGAGUUUGAAAGCAAAGCAAAACAAUUAAAAUGAAUGCAUAGACAAACAACUGCACCUGUAAAACAUUUUGCUCAGAAUCAUGAUGUUGCCAUAAUAAUUUUGACAUUCCUCUCUUUCACUCCAGCUUCCUUGUUUAUCUCCUUAGAAGCUCUCCCUUGCAGCUAGACCUACAUUUGUGUGCUUUCUGCUACUAAAGACACCCAAAGAACAGGCAGAUGAGAUUUUCCAUAAGGAUAAAGAUGGCUUGGAGGUAGCUGUGAUCAAUGAAGAAAAUGGAAGAGGUGUCAUUGCUAAGAAACAUUUCUGCAAGGGUGAUGGUCUUCUCAAGUGCACUGGUGAGCUAAUAACUUAUGACACUGCAAUCAAGCAUAGCACCUGUUAUUCAGCAGAAGAAAGGUGCCUCAUGUAUUACUUUUGUCAUGAUGGAAAGAAGAUGUGAUAAGAGACGAUGAUGAAGAGUAUAUUCCAUAGGCGGCGCAAGCCCAGGAAGUUCAAGUGUACGUAGUGUCAGAACUGGUACUACCAGCGACAAGGUUUGUGGUGGCACAUCUGAGAAGCACAUGGAACGGUAAAGUAUAUGUACUGCCGCAAAUGCCGUUACAAAGCAACUCAGGUGGACAACAGGAGGCGGCAUUAUGGUGGCUUCCACCCAGAGUGCAUUCAAGAGGUGGCCACCAUCAGCCCCGAAGUAGAAAGGCUGGAAAGGCCUGAGGCCAAGACUCAGGCUCUAGAUAGUGCUGGAUGGAGUGGGGUUGGUCUGCCCGGAACCCAGGCACCAAGACAACCUCUUGAAGGCCAGGAGGGAGGAGAAGCAGAUCCUGACGCUCUGUCGUUGUCCCCCUGUCCCAUUUCUCCACUUGUAAGGCAGGGAUCGCCAGUGGCAGGGAGUUCACUGGUAGUUCAGCUGGCACCUGUCCAAGCUGACCAGGAGACCUACAUGUAGGUACAGACAGCUGAGACUUUUGGGCCUAAACCACCAUUGUCGGGCAAGCCCAGAGCAAUGUUCCAGCGUUGGAGUGCCCCACCAACCCCGGUCCCAUCCACAACUUCAUCAAUGCCAUCACUGGAGCCCAUCCUACCUGUAGCAGACGUUGUGUUUUGAUUUAAGUUCAACCAUUAAUUUUGAUUACAUGUAUUAAGUAUACAUGUACACGUUUUCGUUAUAUUUUAAGAAAUUCAUGUAUGCUCAUUUUAUUCCACUGUAGAGACCUAGUCUAGACCUAGUUACCCAACUUUUCUUGACCAUCCAUGGUCCUUAUCUCUCGAUCCCUGAAUUCUGCAUACAUUUCUGCCAGGCCUGGGUGGCUGUUCCCAUAGUGACUCUCUCCCUCUCCAGACCACAUGUUCCCUUAGGCUAUAAAUCUCCCCCCUGCAAGGACCCUGACUGUGCUUUGGCCACAGUUCCCUUCCAGAUUGACCAUCAUAUUGUUGCCCACAUCCAUGGAGUAAGGUCCCUCCUUUUCUUUCAUGCAUCAUUCCUCCAAGUUUCCAAGUCUUGAAUCGAUCAUUUUAGUGAGGCAACACCCCAGCGUAGUAAGUACAUUUUAUAGAUUUCUUAGGCAACAUUUAAUUGUUUUGAUAUUGUUUUAUUGCUCAGACAGCUUAUUGUUUCAGUUUACUUUUGUGUCAUUACUUAUAUAUACAUGCAUAUUUUUAGCUUGAGUUUUUGUUCAUUUGUUACAGCAAAACCUUCCGACUUCCGACUUCUGACUUCCGACUUUAACCUAAAUAAUCUCCUGUCUUUAAUACAUCCAAAUUCCUAGUCAGCUACUGUAGUACCUCCAAUCGUUCCUUGCUCUAUGCUAAAAUCUUCAUUAGUCUGAAUAAAGAGAGUGUCAUUGUACUACGGGACCAAAUUACAUUCCUCUUGCACCAAUCAUUCAUUAUUGUCAAGUUCUGUAGCUGUAGUUGGCUACACAUAUACACUGAAACAGGCUGUGUUGAGAUUGGUAUGGGGCGCUACUUACCCUAGUAGGAUCUUGUAUACAUGUAUAAUGAAACAGGCUGUGUUGAGACUGGUACAAGUAUGGGGCACCAAUCGGCGUAUCUAGUAGGAUCCUGUAUACAUGUAUAAUGACACAGGCUGUGUUGAGACUGGUAUGGGGAGUAGUAGGAUCCUGUAUACAUGUAUAAUGAAACAGGCUGUGUUGAGACUGGUAUGGGGCGCCAAUCAGCAUACCUUAGUAGGAUCCUGUAUACAUGUAUAAUGAAACAGGCUGUGUUAGACUAGUGUUGGACAUCAUAUUCUAAUAUGAAGCACCAAUUAUAUUAAUGCUUAUUUUCUCUAUGGAUCACAAUAAAACAAAAAAAAUGAAUUCAAGGAAAGUGGUAAUGUGUUGCAUAAAUAAUUUUGAUUAAAAAAUAGCUCUUUGUUAUAACUUUUCUAGAGUUGGCAGUUUGAAAGAGUUGGCAUAAGUUCAAUUAUGAAAGUGCCUUUAAUCAUAAGUGGAAGGAUUAAAUGUUGUGAACAAAAUGCAUCUUUUAUAUGAUAUUAUUGACAUUCUAUUCUCUGAGAUGAAGCUAAAAUUUAACCUUAAUAAAUGCAAUAGUGAAAAUAUUUCUCUCAUUGUGUGAGUAAAAAAUUCAACAAAUGUAAUUCCCAAUUUUACUAAUGCCAUUAAAUUAAACUAUUAAACACCAACAUGGAGCGUCAACUGAUCAAAGUGAAACACAUGUCAAUCAAUUUGCAAGUUAUGCAUCUAGAAAAUAGAAAGCAAAGAAUACAAUUAAAAAUAUAUCAAGUGAAAUUAAGAGAAAAGAAAGCUAAACAAGUUACAUAAAGUACACUUGUCUAAAUCUGUGUACAGCACGUACAAUCAGAAUUGCAAUUUAUUGCUCCAAGACUACGAGAGGCCUGCAAAUGUUGACAUGAGAUCUACAUGCACCCAUGAGCAGAUCGAAGACCAUCCUCACCGGCAAAGAAGAGGAAGUCCCUACAUGCCUCUUCAAACUAGUUUGUGCCCACACAAACGUGAUUAGGACCAAACAUUUCAAAGCUGUUGUGUGUAUAUAUUUAGAUCAAACAACCACCUUUCUGAGGAGGACAUGGUGUACUCUUUCGAAAUCUUCCUGCAGUGUUGUGCUGGUAAUUUUUGGACAGCACCUUUUAUUUCAACACUGGUUGAAAAAUGCGACACCAGUUGCUGAAUGCAACACCAAACCAAAAAUGCAACGCAGGUUGAAAAAUGAGAUACCUGUUGAAAAAUGCAACACCAACACUGGUUGAAAAAUGCAACACCGG